GCCACCCGAGUCUUCAACCUCUUCACAAAAACCCUAAAAACCUUCUCUCUCCCAAAACCCUAAAACCCUCUCGCUGCUCUCAAUGGCGACCACCAGCGAGGCGCCAUCGGAGUUCGUCAAAUCAGUAAAGUUCAGCUUCUACUCACCUGAAGACGUCAGAAACCUAAGCGUCAAAAGGAUCACCAGCCCCGAACUCCUCGAUGCCAAAGGCUUGCAAGUCCCCGACGGAUUCUACGACCCUGCACUUGGUCCUAUAAACGAGAUCGAUUCCUGCAAAACCUGCGGUCAGCUCGCCUAUAAGUGCCCUGGUCACUGUGGCCAUAUUGAACUAGUGAAACCAGUAUUCAAUCCUUUGCAAUUUAAUAGUCUUAAGAGUCUCCUUCACAUAACUUGCUUCUUUUGCCAUCGGUUUCGAUUCAGCACAGAAAAGGUUCAACAUUAUGUUGCCAAGCUAACCCAUAUAGCAAAAGGCGAUAUUCUUGCAGCUAAAGACCUCGAUUCCUCUUCGGUGUAUGAUAUAAUUUAUGCUGAAGAUAGCAAAGAGAAGAAUAUCACUAUUCAUCCAUGUGAAUCAGGAAGAGAUUCUAAGAACGCAAAGGAUAACUCAUGGACAUCCCUACAAUAUGUGGAGGCUAUUUCUGCUCUAAAUAUAAUUAUGAAAAACCGCCCCAAGAAGUGUGCAAAUUGUGGUAAAUCUAACCUGAAAAUAUCGAGCCCUACAUUUGGAUGGCUUAGCAAGACCGUGAAACAUUCAGAUAUAACAGCCAAUUUCAUUCGAGAAUCUAAUGUGGGUUUGCCUUCUACUGGUGAAGAAGGACCGGCAAAUGAAGGUGAUGAUGCUCCACAGAGUGAUGGGAAAUCAGCAGUUCCUACAUAUGUGUCAGACCAAUCAAGGAAUCUGUCUCCUGAUUUUUUUAAGAGCUUGAAUGCUUCUGCAGGUCAGAAGCACCUAGUCCCUUCUGAGGUUGAACUUAUUCUGGAUGGCCUUUGGAGAAAUGAGUUCCAAUUGUGCAGGCUUAUUUGCGACAUUCAGCAAAAAGAUUUAAAAAUAUCUGGCAACAACAAAUGGUACGCGAUGUUCUUCUUGAAGGCUCUUCUUGUCCCGCCAAGCAAGUUCCGGCCCCCAGCUUUUUCUGGUCGUGGGGUCGUGGAACAUCCACAAAAUCUUUUGUUGAGGAAAGUACAAGAAUGCAAUAUUGUGUUACGUGAAUUAAUCAAAACUGAUCCCAAUAAUCCCAAAAUCAUUGAAAGGUGGACGCAACUUCAAAGGAGUGUAUCUGUGCUGUUUGAUAGUAGUAAGGGCCUUGCUAAAAGUGAGAGGGAAACUAAUGGUAUAAGGCAGUUACUGGAGAAGAAAGCAGGUAUUCUUCGGCAAAAGAUGAUGGGAAAGCGAGUUAAUUUUGCCUGUCGCUCGGUCAUUUCCCCAGAUCCAUAUUUAGCUGUCAAUGAAAUUGGCAUUCCUCCAUAUUUUGCAUUGAAGCUAACAUAUCCAGAGAGAGUGACCCCAUGGAAUGCUGAUAAACUGAAGCAUUCGAUUAUGAAUGGUGCUAAUAUUCAUCCUGGUGCUACACACUACAUGGACAAGGACAGACUAUAUAAGUUGCAGGUAUCCGAAAAUAUGCGCAAAGCAAUUUCAAGAAAGUUACCUACAUCUCGGGGAGUUACUUUGCAUUCCGGGAAGGGUCCAGAAUAUGACUUUGAAGGCAAGGUAGUGUACCGCCAUAUACAAGAUGGUGAUAUUGUUCUCGUGAACCGACAGCCUACACUUCACAAACCUAGCAUGAUGGCUCAUGUUGUUCGUGUUCUGAAUGGGGAAAAGACACUUCGUAUGCACUAUGCAAAUUGCAGUACCUAUAAUGCUGAUUUUGAUGGAGAUGAGAUGAAUGUUCAUCUGCCUCAGGAUGAAAUUUCACGAGCUGAAGCCCUUAAUAUUGUCAAUGCAAAUAAGCAGUAUAUUGUUCCGACAAGUGGAGAUCCCAUUAGGGGUCUGAUUCAGGACCAUAUUGUAAGCGCUGUACUUCUAAGUAAGCAAGACACUUUUUUAACCCGUGAGGAGUACCACCAGCUCUUAUAUGCUUCUUGCUUGCCUCUGGCUGCUGGCAGUCUUCAAUCUGGUGGAUCUGAUCAAAAGAUUUCUUUAUUAAGCUCUGACAAUGAGAUCAAGCCCCUUCCUCCUGCUAUUUGGAAACCGAAACCCUUGUGGACUGGAAAACAGGUGAUAACUGCAAUCCUAUGUCAUAUUACAAGGGAUCGUUCACCUUUUACGAUUGAGAAAGGUGGAAGAAUCCCGAAGGAGUAUUUUGCUAAAAACAGUAAAGAAGGCAGUAUGCUUAUUUACAAUAAUGAGUUCAUACAUGGGAUGAUUGACAAGGCUCAGUUUGGAAAAUACGGGUUGGUCCACAUUGUCCAUGAACUUUAUGGUGCAGAUACUGCAGGCAGUUUAAUGUCUAUACUUAGUCGUUUAUUUACUAUCUUCUUGCAGAUGCAUGCAUUUACUUGCGGAGUGGAUGACCUUUUACUUCUACGAGAAUCAGAUAUGGAUAGGGAAGUAAUGCUAAAAAAAAGUGAAGCACAAAGCUUAGAUGUGCACUGUCGUUUUACUCAAUGUGGUGAUACAGAUCCAUCAGUCUUGCACAGAGAAAUUGAGAAAGCUCUCAGAAGUGUGGAAUCUGCGACAACUAGGUUGGAUAGGAUGAUGUCCAAUUCUCUGAAUGUUCUAACUUCAGAGGUUAAUAAAGCUUUAUUUCCUGCUGGACUACAGAAGCCCUUCCCGAGGAACUGUCUCUCACUUAUGACAACAACGGGUGCUAAAGGUGGACUGGUCAAUUUGACUCAAAUUUCUUCAUUCUCUGGCAAAACUUUACCCUGCUUUCCUCCUUGGGAUACUUCAUGUAGGGCCGGAGGUUUUAUUAGUGAUCGGUUUUUGACUGGUCUUCGCCCUCAGGAAUAUUACUUCCAUUGCAUGGCUGGUCGUGAUGGAUUAGUUGAUACAGCCAUCAAGACAUCUCGCAGUGGAUACCUGCAAAGAUGUCUCGUCAAGAAUCUUGAGAGUUUGAAGGUUUGCUAUGAUUACACAGUGCGAGAUGCAGAUGGCUCCAUUGUCCAAUUCGCAUAUGGCGAUGAUGGAGUAGACGUCUUGAAAACUAGCUAUAUUACUGAAGUUGAAGCCCUUUCUAAUAAUCAAAGAGUUGUUUUAGAGAGCCUAAGCAGUCAACUCGAGGAUGCUCAUUUGUCAAAACCAAAUAGGUUUAUCAAGGACUUGCCAGAUUCCCUCAAGGAGAUAGCAACAAGUUAUGCUAAUCAGCUCUCAAAGAGCAAAAGGGGCCAUAUCAGGCGAAAGGACCUGAUGAGAUUGAUGAAGCUCAAGUAUAUGUCUAGUCUUGCUGCACCUGGCGAACCUGUUGGUGUAAUCGCAGCUCAGUCUGUUGGAGAACCAUCAACACAGAUGACACUUAAUACCUUCCAUCUUGCUGGACGAGGAGAGAUGAAUGUGACUUUAGGUAUACCUCGUCUACAAGAAAUUCUGAUGAGUGCAAAGGAGGUCAUUCGCACUCCCAUCAUGACUUGUCCUUUGCUUGAUGGGAUGACUAAAGAAGAUGGUGAAUGCCUUGCUGCUAAAUUACGGAGAAUUUGUGUAGCAGAUAUUGUAGAGAGUAUGGAAGUCUCUACACUUCCAUUCUACAUUCAUAACCGAAAAGUUUCCACCCUUUAUAAACUUAAGAUGAAGCUCUUUCCCCCUAGCCUUUAUCCUCCUCAUACAGACAUAUCACUACAAGAUUGCAGGUCAAUCUUAAGAACGACCUUUGUCGAAGCAAUGGAGGUGGCGAUAACAAGACACUUGGAAUUAAUAUCGAAAAUCAGUGACAUUGAUGUUGUUGCAGGCAAGGGAGAUAGUGGCAUGGAAGAAGAGGGAGAAGAUGGAAGUGGAAGCAAAUCUGCCAAUGGCGAUGAUAUUGAUGGCGGCGGUGGAGGUGGUGAGAAGGAUGAAGAUGAUGAGUUUGAUGAUGAUGGUGAAGAUCAAGGUGCUGAUGCUGAGAAGAGGAAGAAACAGAUGUGUGAUGAAAUGGAUUAUGAAGAUGAAAUGGAGAAAAAAUCUUCUUCGGUAGUUUUUGACGAGUUUGGUGGUGAGAGUGAAACUGAUCAGGUUGAGGAGGCUGAGGACGACUAUGAACUGGGAGGUGAUGACCCUGAUAUUGUAGCUAAUAAGAAAAUCAAUGAGGAUGAUCCUGCUGACAAUGUGGCUGAUGAGGAAACACCUGAGAGCCCAUCUAAAACAAAGACUCUUUCUGUGUCCUCGUCAAAGGUUAAGAAGAGCAAAGCAAAGCCAAAAAUUGUUAAGCGCAAGAAGAAGAUAGACAGCGCAAUUUUCGUAAAGGCUGAAGGAUUAAGAUUCGAGGCUCAUUUCGUCUUAGUUGAUAAACCCCAUAUUUUGUUGGCGGAGAUUGCGCAGACGACAGCCAAACGAGUGUAUCUCAAGGAAUGCGAGGGCAUUGAUCGAUGUUCAGUAGUCGAACCAAAACGCUCAACGGACCGAAUCGCUCUCCAAACUUCCGGAGUAAAUUUUGGAGCAUUCUGGGACUUACAAGAUAAUCUCGAUGUCAAAAAAAUCGUCACAAACGACAUCCAUGCAGUUCUCAACACCUAUGGAGUAGAAGCAGCUAGGCAAACCAUCAUCAAUGAAGUCAAAGGAGUGUUUGAUCCAUACGGCAUUCGCGUAAAUACACGGCACUUGAGUUUGAUUGCAGAUUUUAUGUCUUCUAACGGAGGGUAUCGGCCAAUGAAUAGGCUUGGAAUGAUGCAGUUCAAUACUUCGCCUUUUGGUAAAAUGACAUUUGAGACAGCGACAAAGUUUAUCGUGGAGGCAGCUUUUCAUGGGGAGAGUGAUGUGUUGGAGUCUCCAUCGGCCCAGGUUUCCCUUGGCCAGCCUGUGAAGUAUGGAACCGGUGUUUUUGAUUUGAUGCAGAAAAUUUAGUUUCCUGCCUAUUCUUUUAGUUUUGGCUUUCAUUCAUCUUGUUUGUGUUUAAAAGUGAAUAGUGUUAUAGAUUAUAGGGAAAUUACUGUAUAUCCCCUAGCUGGAAGAUCAUGGGGAUACAAGUUGUAAUGAGAUCAAGUUGUUUAACAAGUAUUGCUUGUAAUUUGUGAUAUUAACAUUUUAACAAUUUUGGGAAAUGUGAUUUCAUUUUUCUUUAUA